CCACCACGUCAGAGCAUCAACAACCUACACGACCAAGCGAAUGGAAAGUUCUCCUUUCAUCAUGAUUUGGAGUCGUAUCAGUACAUACCUAACCGUUCUCGGGCUUUGGUACCUGAAAGUACCCAACCUAACAGAAAUAAACGUCUUUGUUGGUAUUACUGUAACGAAAAAAAAUGUAUUUUUAUAGUAAUAAUUUAUGUUAUAUUCAAGUAUAAAGAUAAGAACAUACAAUUUCUAUAAGAUUAUAUUUAUAUAUAUAUAUAUAUAUUUUUUUUUUCUAUUUAUAAAUCAUAAUGAACGGUACCCAAGCUCCCUUCAUUCCGCAUAAAUGUUUUUUAUCUGUUGCGAGAAGAAAAGAUUUAUUUGAAUGUUUUUUCGUGUGUGGAUUGAAAUGAUUGUUAAUAACAUGUUUAUUAAAAAUUUUCUACUAUUAGUGAUGAUAAUGAUAGAGAAAAAUAUGUGCCAUGAUAUUAAAAAUCAACUAUAUAGACAAUAUACAAAUUGGAAAAAAGAGAUGUUUACUCAAUCUUAUUUUAUCCUAUAACUGAAACUACAUUUCUGCAUUUGGAGCAAAAGUUAAUGUGAAACAAAAAUGAAAUACCAAUUGGGAUUCGUAUUAAUUUUACAACUUAUGACAAUAUGUUGUACCUCAGAAGACUUUCGGCACAUUUUAUAUCAAGAUUUACUUCAAGAUGGAAAGCUGUUUCAAAAAGAAGGGGUGACCACGUAUUCUCAAUUAUUGUUCGAUGUAGCAAGACAACAAGUGGUUGUAGGAGCACGAGACAAUCUUUUUCGUUUGACUUUAAACAACUUAACUCAACUGGAGCAUGCAUCAUGGACCGCACCUACUGAAAAAAUAUCAACCUGUCAGGAUAAAGGGCAAACUUCUGAAGAUUGUCACAAUUUUAUAAAAGUUUUAUUGAGCAAUGAAAAACAAGUUUUUACAUGUGGCACUAAUGCUUAUAGUCCGAUGUGUACGUGGAGAGAGAUAGAGAAUAUUAAGAAUGUUAUUGAUUCGCUAUCAGGAGUUGCAAUGUGUCCAUAUUCACCUCAUGCUAACGUGACAGCAAUUUUGAGUAGAUCUGGUGGUUUAUUUGCAGGAGCACCAACUGAUUUUUCAGGUGCUGAUUCCGCUAUUUAUAGGACGUUAGAAUAUCCUAAUCUUCGAACGCAUCAAUAUGAUUUUAAGUGGCUCAAUGACCCACAGUUCGUUGGCAGUUUUGAAACAGAAGAACACGUAUUUUUCUUAUUUCGGGAAACAGCAGUGGAAUAUAUUAAUUGUGGAAAGAGAAUAUACUCUAGAAUAGCGAGAGUUUGUAAAAAUGAUCCAGGUGGGCAGACUUUAAUGAGAGAUACUUGGACUACAUUUAGUAAAUCUCGUUUAAAUUGCUCAUUACCAGGCGAGUUUCCAUUUUACUACGAUGAAAUUCAAGGUGCAGUGUAUCAUCCAGAGGAAGGGACAGUUUAUGCUACGUUUACAACUCCAAAUAAUGCAAUAGCAGGAUCAGCAAUAUGUGCUUUUAAUAUGUCGGCUAUUUUGUCGGCUUUUAAUGGUCCUUAUAAAUAUCAAGAAAAUUCCGGUUCUACAUGGGAAAGGCAACCAGUACCUCAUCAUAAUCGACAACAUUGCGGCCAAAAGCUUAAUAGUGCACCUUACCAAAUAAUGAAUAACCAUAGGUAUCAACUAAUGGAUGAUGCUGUACAGGGUAUUACUCUAAAGCCUUUGCACACAAGUCGUGAACGAUAUACACAUAUUGCUGUGGAUACAACCCCAACGAAAUUACAUCGUAGUGUAAUUAUACUUUAUGCUGCAACAACGACAGGACGUAUUAAAAAGAUCUCCGUUCUACCAGGAGCACAAGAAACGUGUAUAAUCGAAGUUUGGGGUCCAUUACCUUCGCAACCAAUAGUUCUACAGUAUCUCAAGGAUACACAUAGUUUAUAUGUAGGGAUGGAUACAGGAUUAUUUAGGAUAUCAGCUACUCAAUGUCAUCGACACCGAACACGAUCAGCUUGUUUAAAUGCAGAAGAUCCUUAUUGUGGAUGGAAUGAGUUAACAAUGACUUGUGCACAAGCUCCUGAUCAGAAUCCAACUGUCAGUCAUUGGCAUCAAGAUAUAACAAAAUGUCCUGUAUUAAAAGAUUCAGUAGAAGGAGGUUGGAGUAGUUGGAGUCCAUGGCAUUUUUGUCAACAUGAAUCUACAGAAUCUGGUUCUGAAAAGUCUCAACACGCCAAUUCUCCUCAGAAUGAGAAUCCAGAUAGUUGCCAAUGUCAAAUUAGAGAAUGUAAUAAUCCUCCACCAAAACAUGGAGGAAGUAAUUGUGAAGGACCAAGAGUAAAAGUUACAAACUGCACUGUUCACGGUGGGUGGACAUCGUGGUCUACCUGGUCAUCUUGUUCUCAAACUUGUGGUCUUGCCAUGAAAACUCGAAGACGUACUUGUACAAACCCUUCUCCUGCGUUUGGUGGUCGAGUUUGUGUAGGACAUGAUCAUGAUGAAACUCUUUGUAUUGAUCUUCCACCGUGUCCGAAUCCAGCUCAGUCAAUUUUGUCUUCAGAAAAUGGACAGUGGUCAUCAUGGGAAUCGUGGACUACAUGUUCCCGACCAUGUAAUGGAGGUGUACGAAUUAGAAGAAGAACUUGUGACACUUCAAUAACUCACGAGAGCAGUGCUGACUGUCCCGGAUGUAACUUUCAAGUUGAGCAUUGUAACAGUCAAGCUUGUACAGAGACAAAAAAAUAUUCAAAUUGGACACCAUGGAUGGUCACUAACUUGACAACGCAAGCUGAAGAAGUUGAUUACAUUGAAAAGCGUUAUAGAUUUAUAUGCCGUGCUCAAAUUGACAACCCUUCUAGUUUACGUAUUCACUUGGGAAAAGAAGAAGAACGUUAUUGUAAAAAAGAUGGUUCUUGCUCUCGUGGAAUAGGAUUAACAAAUACGGACAGUAAUCCAGAAGUUGGUUGGUCUGAAUGGUCUCAUUGGUUUUCAUGCAAUCGUGUAUGUGCUGCAGGUUCUCAGGCUAGAAUGAGGCAAUGUGAAUCACCUCCUUGUGAAGGUGUGUCAAUGGAAACAAGAGUUUGUGGUCCAUUUUCAUGUCGUGGAAAUGAAAUGAAAAAGAGUAAAGCUGAAGGACCCUGGUCCAAUUGGUCGAAUUGGUCACAGUGCUCUACAUCUUGUGGUACUGGAAUUCGAACAAGGAAAAGAGAAUGUACAUCACCAAAUUCAUGUGAAGGGCCCAAUUUUAUUAAAGAAUUUUGUAAAAUGCCGAACUGUGAUACUGCUUCUGAUUGGGAUAAUUGGUCAAAUUGGUCUAACUGUAAUUUUGAUAAUCAGCAAUAUAGAAAACGUAAGUGCCUUGUACAUCAAAAUAAUGGAGUCUGUCAAGGUGCUAAUCAAGAAGUUCGUCAAUGUUCUUAUAAUGAAUUUAUCAAUAACCUCUCUCCAAAUGUUCAAAUGGCAGGUGUAUCUAUUGGAGCAGUUGUAGGAAGUUUCAUCGUUGGUAUCAUCAUUGGCAUGAUUUUUAUGACAGUAUUGAGUAUAUUUUACAUGAAGCGAAAAGCAUCACAUAUUGCAGGAAGCCCUCAUUAUAUAACAAAACAGAACCCAUACGUCAUAGUACCACUAAAAGAGGUGACUCCGAAGCGCUUGUCUAGCUUUUCAUCUAAUUCAAAUAUGAAUGGUACUUUAAGGGGAAAAAAUAAUUCUAAUAUAAAUGGAGUCGGAAGCCCGAAGCUUUAUCCAAAAAGUUUAAAUUGUGAAUCAGCCACAUUAAAGCGCAAUAGCCAUAAACAACAAUACAAUGCUGCAGACGUUGAUCAAGACAAAUACUAUUGAUAAGUAACAAAGUAUUUAAAUAAAUUAAAUUUAUAACUGUUGGAAGUACAAAAAUCUUUAUUAAAUUGCAACGUUGGGAUGAUAUACGAAAAUAUGGUGCAGGAAUAUUUAAACAACGUUGCUGAACAAAUUUUGCUCAUUAUACCGUAUUCGCAAAAUACUCUCAGAAAUUUUUCAUUUCUUUCAAAAAUAUCUCAUUCCGCCAUUGAUCGAAUUCUAGGACAUCAUAAAGUGUUUUAAAGAUAAAAAAAGGUCUUAAAAUAAUACAUCUGUUUUUGCAGUGUAAAAUUAUCCUAUACAUUUUUUUUAAAUAAUCUUAAUCUCAAAAACGACUUCAACUUGAUUUUACAAUACAAUAGUCAGGAUAAAUACAUUUUUAUUUUUUGAGAAUGUAAAAGUACAUAGAAUUAAGAUCCUUUUUUAAAGACUUUUUGAAGAUUUCUCACUCAGCUGAGUUUCUUGUCUGAACUUUUACAGAAGUUGCUGCUUUAAGCUUGGUAAGUUUUCACUGCUAGUGUCGGGAAGCUUAAUCAUAGCAGAAAAAUGUCCUUUUGCGCAAAAAGAAAACUUCCUAAGUUGGAAGCAACAACUUCUAUUAAGGUUCAGACAAGACGCUCUGUUGUUUGGGUUGCGUGAGAAACUAUAUUAAAGUGAUAGCGCGCUAUAAUGAGCUUGUGGCUUUAUAGGAAGAAUCAAGAAAGGAAAUUAAGCGUUAGUAAAAGUAAUGCAAUUAGACGUUCGUCUUGAGACUUUUCUUCAUUUUUGUAUCAUGAUUGAAAAAGUUGUACUAGAAUUGUUAUUUUCUUAAUUAUAAUCAACCGCAAAACUACUUUACCACUAGGUAUCAGUGCAAGAUAUGUAUAUAAACUCCAGUUUCUGAACAAUCGCGAUCGAAUUACAAAGACUGUAUUCAUGCUCCAUGUCUUUAAAAUUUUAAUAUAGCAUAUUUGUUCUCAUAUUUGAGACUUGUUAUCGUUAUCUUUUUAUUAAUGUAAAAAAUAUAAUAAAUGAUCACCAUUACAAAAGAAGGAGUAAAAAUUCUUCCUCUAUUAUGGUGAUAAGAAUUUAUGAUAUGAAUGAUUGUUGCUUUGAAAAUCACUGGUUAUAUAUUUCGAAUAUAUGUCAUUAACAAAAUAACUUUAUUGAUGAAAAAACUUUAUUGUUAAAGAAGCAGAUGUUGUUUUUUUAUAUAAAAUAUAUGAGUGAGUGUGCUGUGGAAACAUAAAAAAAUGUUUUUCUUGACUUGGAGUGAUCGAUAUAUUUUACUUUACUACUAAUUUUUUAUAUUUCGUAUACAUUUAGAAUAAAUACUUUGAUUGUAAGACUGCGAAUAACUUAUAUUUUAUUGAGAGAAAGUUGUUUUAAAGAAAAUAUAAUAACUGCCAUAUUAUUGGUAAGCUUUUAAUUGUAAAAAUGCAGGAAAAUAUUUUAAGUUAAAACUUUUUUAUCGUUAUUAUAAAUAUAUUGAACUAGUCUGUACAUUCCUUACAAAUUUACAUAUUGUUUAUUAUGCGUCAAACUAAAUGUAAACGAUUUUUUCUAAUACUCUAUUUUGUUAAAACAAGUAUUACA